AUGAUGCGCACGGCAGCUGUCAGAAGACCACAGGUUGCAAAACCAACGUUAAACGCUGGAGCACAACAAAUCCGCCAAAAGACAUUCAUCAAAAGAGAGGACAAGAGCGGAGAAAUCUACUAUGCCGUCAACAGAUGGGGCAGGGCAAAACCCAAGAAGCCGCCGAAUCGGGAACUCUUCCAGAUCAACAAUCUCCUCCUCGACCUCGACGAUAUGGACAGUAGGCACGUGCGGACGUGUACCGAGGACGAUGAGGCUCAGAUGCUCAAACACUGGUCUGUGGAUCCCAAGCGCCAGGCAUUGAGAAGUCGGCUCGAUGAGCUGCUGAGCGAGGUCGAUUGGUCCCGGCGCAAGGUUUUCGAGAUAUCGAUGGAGCCAACCAGUUCCUGGCGACUCGGGAGCCAUGACAUUCUCUCCGCAGCCCUCAACGGAGCCCCAUCUAGCUCAUCACCAGGCCCACCAGUCGACUCCUCCGACCGCCAACAAGGGUUCCACACCAUCUGCUCGAAAAACGGGAUUCCAGGACACGCCAAACAGGACGACCAGCUAUUGCUUCACUGGUUCCAGCUACGCAAUCAAUUGGCACAGUCCGAGCAGCAGACCAACAAACCGCCGUCUCCCAGCCAGCUCGCAUCAGCCCUAAGAGAACAGGACACGGUUAUUAGCAUUCGCAGGUUGGUUUCGCAAUGUCUGUCUUCAGGCCUGGACGCCACGUCUUUUCACCAGACGCUCCACAACGGCCAAGGGCGACCACCUUCCAGCCUCUCUAGCGAGGUUCGGGAUGCAUGCGCGAAUAUUCUGAACGGCUGCCAGGAGAAAAGCGCAACUUGUCACGACCUCUUGGCUUUCCUUGGCAACCUUAGCCAGAGACUAUCGUCUAGUGGCGCCCAUAUUGGUGAGCCGUUGUGUGGGCUUGGGCUGAGGCUUUCAGCCGAGAUGGGCAAGCCUGCGGCCACCAUGGAAUAUCUCGACAUGGCCUUUAGAGAUGGAUACUUUGGGGAUGAAGCUUUGGGUGACGUCCUCGAUACUUUGGAGACGUACUCGCACCAUCUCAGAGUCAGUUCAGAGUCAAGAUUCCUCGACAUGAGCGACAGACAGACCCUCCUGAGUCUGUUGACGGGUAUCCGCAACGAUACCCAUGCUGCAGAAAGCCACACUGCACACGGAUCAAUUCGAUCUAUUGCCAUUCAUUUCCUCCGGGAGCGGCGCGAUGAUGGCGCUACACUGCUGGCCCUGGAAAUCUAUCGGGCUUACAUAGUCCUUCUAGGUCGUCUAGGCGCGGUAGCAUCGCUCUGGCAAGAAUGGCGACUAUCGGGGGCCGAGCUCGAAGGUUUGAUCCGAAAAGGGAACCUACUGAUGCCCGAGGGCCAAACAGAAGAGAUUGUCGUGGAAUCUUUCAGAAAGGCAAUUGGGGCAUCCCUCUCAGUUGUGGCUCUUCGUGAUGAUGCAGCUUCGACGGACCUCGACUUGGCGGGUUGUGCCACGCGGGACCUGGAAGCCAUUGAAGAGCAGAACCAGGAUGCUUGGCUCGGGUGCCAGCAGCAGGAGGCGCACCCUAUGCGAGGACUGCUGGACGGCGAUAUCCGUGCGGCGCUGGGUCUCCCACUUGAUGGGUGGAUGAAAGGGUUGCGGCGUCUAGCUGAAGGAACUGAUCCCCGAGGCUGA